AGCGGGGGCUCUGGGAAGGCGACCCGGGCUGCGGCGCGGCUCCCUGCGAGGAGGAGCAGGGCGGCGGCUCCGCCCUGGAAAAAAGGCGUAGCCGGAGGUUACAGAAAACUCUAGAUGCCGGCGCCCCAGACAAGGAGAGGAUUGUCCGUGGGCGUGGGCGCGGGCGCGGGCGCGCGGGGCGGGGCGAGCGGAGGGGGCCCGGUUUUUUUCCGCGGUCACGAGCCGAGGACUUCGGUCAGAGGCAGCCCAGCCCACCGCUCGCCAGAUACCGGAGAAAACUGAAACCCGGAGAGGGAAGUGACCCCUUGCGGUCCGAUGAGAGGCGGGUCUUCGCCAUUGCCCUGCCCCGGCGGCGGGGCGGAAGACUGGAGAGCGAGGCUGUGGGGACACGCGGAGCGGGGGCGGAGGAGGAGCGGGCGGAAGGCAGAGAGAGGCCGAGGGGACUGAAGCCCCAGAGGGGCGAGUGGUUGAAGUGUCUGUGGAGAGUCCUCAGGGACCUCUCAGAUCGCCCACUCAAGACUGCUGCUCCUAGUCCUUGGGAGUCCCGUCCGUCAUCUUUACGUCCCGGGAGAAUCACCAGUGGCUGCCUUUGUGACAAUGGCAAAAAAUAAAAAAUAAAGGACCAAAGGAAAAUGAUGUUUCUCGAAAGACCACUGGCAGCACAUCCUUAAAAUGACCCAUUUCCAGGUUCCCACAAAAUACAAAACGACACUGAGGCCGGAAGUACUUUUGCCCCUAUAAAAUAUGGCAGAAAAGCGUGCUCAUCUCCAAGGGAACAUCGCAUAAUUAGUCAAGGCGUAGUAUUGCGCAUGCGUAGAAGCAUACGUCGCCGGAAGUGAUGUGCUCUUAUUAACGCGGCUGGUUUAGCACGCGUGCGUAACAGGCUCUUCCGUCAGCUGUGUUGUGGAAAUGGUGGAGAAGAAAACUUCGGUUCGCUCCCAGGACCCUGGACAGCGGCGGGUGUUGGACAGGGCUGCCCGGCAGCGCCGUAUCAACAGGCAGCUUGAGGCCUUGGAGAAUGACAACUUCCAGGAUGACCCCCAUGCAGGACUCCCCCAGCUUGGCAAGAGACUGCCUCAAUUUGACGAUGAUGCAGACACUGGAAAGAAAAAGAAGAAAACUCGAGGUGAUCAUUUUAAACUUCGCUUCCGGAAAAACUUUCAGGCCUUACUAGAGGAGCAGUCUUCCCCCUUGUAUCUGCAGAACCUGAGUGUGGCCGAGGGCCCCAACUACCUGACAGCUUGUGCAGGACCCCCAUCCCGGCCCCAGCGCCCCUUCUGUGCUGUAUGCGGCUUCCCCUCCCCAUACACCUGCGUCAGCUGUGGCGCCCGGUACUGCACUGUGCGUUGUCUGGGCACCCACCAGGAAACCAGAUGCCUGAAGUGGACUGUGUGAGCCUGGGUGUCCCUGGAGAGGAAGGCCCUCUGUGCAUCAACCUGUCCUCCGAAAGGACAUCACGGAAAUGAAAGGUGCUCCCCUGGACCAAGAGAGGAACUUUCACUCACCCAACAAACCUUGUGUCUUCUCCUCCAGAGAAGACCAGUCUUACUCCCAGGGAUGUGGCAGGGAAGUGGGCCACCCCACAGGGUACUAUCAUAAUAAAAGUUCUUAUGUGAGGAGGCA